AUGCGUGCACUGGCUGAGGAACGGAGCGAACCCCACCAACCAAGUGGCCAACCUGCUGGACCUGGCGGGCAUUAUCCGCAGGACGGGGCAGUUCUGCGAGCUCGGGGAGUGGGAGUGGCGCAUCGACCCCAUGUCCGGCCCGGAGGCGCCGGAGGGCUGGAGCUACGACGGCCCGCAGACGGCCCGAAGCCAGCUCGAUUCUUUGUCUUGGUGCGUACAGGCAAGGGCCCCAACGACUUGGAGCGCAUUCGCAACACUCCGCUCAUCGAGAGGUACGGUUUCCGCGGGUACAAGCGCAUCCCCAUCGACGAGGUGGCGUUGGGGGAUCCCUUGUCCAAGUCCGCCAUUCUGGAUUCCUUCCCCAACACCGAGCUGCCAGUGUUCGAGUGA